UAUCCAACAACAACUACGGCAACAUCCAACACCAUGACGCUUCUCUUGCUGCACGCCUUGCUGCUUGCAAGCGCGGCUGUGGCAGCAGCAGCAUCUGAGAUCGGCGACACCGCAGGCGGCAACGCCACCACGGCUCAAGGCCUGUGCAACGGCGCCGGAUGCCAGCCGCCGCCGCAGCCGCUGCCAAUCUACGGCGGCCCUCCGCCGUCGCAGCCGUCGAGGACACCGCCCUCCCCGGGCAUGCAGGCGCCGUGCCCGCCGGUGACACCCGUUUGCUGCGGCGGCCAAAACACGCCUCAGCAGCCGUACUACCAAGCGCCUCCGAUCGGCUACCUUCCCUACUACAACGAGUCUGCUUCUUCCGUGCUCGUGCCACCGACUCCCGUCGCCGCCGUUGCGUAUUACGUGAUCGUACCAUGUCUCUUGCUUUGGGUUAUGGUGUAACGGUGAACACUGAAGCCUCGUCCAAAAUCAAAAGAAGAUGGGGACUCGCCAUAAAGAAAGCUGUACUAGAAGAAAAGUGCGUCUUGCCGCACCGUUGUUCGCUUUGUCGUUGUAAAGCUGGUUCUAUAGCGGAAGUACCUUCUCAAGCUCAAAUGCUCCUGGCAUGAAUAGUAAAAUUAAAAAAGUAGAAAAUAAUUUCAAAAUA